CUGUCAUAUAUUUUACUUUGACAGAUGCCAAUGUCAAAUUAUAUAUAUAUUUGAAACGUGCUUUAUAUUAUUUUUCUUGCUGUUUCUUUCAUGUAAUAAAAUUACCCAUGAAACUCUUGACUUAUAACUUUCUAACUUCAUCUGCCAUUAAGGGCGUCAAAGUUGGUUAUCCACUGAAGCUUCAUGUCUUGUCACAACGAGAGGUUCCAUCCGACUAUAAUGCGGAAUUUCUUGUUCGUAUGAUACCACGGCUUGAAUGGCUAACAGUUCUGGAAGGAGCUAAAGCGAUAGGAUAUAUUGACAAACUACCAUUGGAAAUACCACAAACAUUCAGCAACGACACCGAUUUUCUCCAAAAACUUCAUCACGUACUAUUCGAAAUCGACAUUACUGACGGUUACCUUGAAUGCCCCGAAACUGGCCGCAAAUUUACAAUUUCAAAUGGCAUACCAAACAUGCUGCUAAACGAAGACGAGGUUUAGAAUGAAAAUCAUGAUACAGACUAAGGUUUACAAAUAAAACGAUGUUGAACUGAAUCAAA